UUCCGAUUUUUUCCUUGAUAAAGGCAAUGGUGGAGCCUUUGAGCAUGUGGGCAGUUUGUACGCUUUGAGACUGUGAGGAGAUGGCUUUGAGGUCCUCACAUGUGUAUAUCCGCUAUUAAAAGCAACCCAUGUUUGUUUUCUGUGGUGAGAGUUACUCUUGUCUCUUUGUUUAAUAAAAUAUUAGGGAGAAAGGACUGCCUGCAGAAAAUGCCUUCCUUCUCCGUGUGCUCUUAUGUUUAUUGAAGGCAUUCUGUUUGCAGUGGACUCAUUUUUGCUGAUUUUUUUAAGAUUUGUGCUAGAUAUAGUGAAGAUAAGGGUUUAAGUAAAUAUAAUGGAUCCUGAAUUCGGAAGUGCAAAAUAUCCAAAGAAGGAUUCAUGGAGGACUAUCCUGCUUUUAGCCUAUGAGAGCCUCGGUGUGGUGUAUGGUGACUUGAGCAUUUCCCCUUUAUAUGUUUACAAAAGUACUUUCGCAGAAGAUAUCACUCACUCAGAGACAAACGAAGAGAUAUUCGGUGUACUUUCAUUUGUGUUCUGGAGUCUUACACUUAUUCCCCUAUUCAAGUAUGUUUUCAUAGUUCUGAGGGCUGAUGAUAAUGGCCAAGGUGGUACUUUUGCACUGUACUCUUUGAUCUGUAGGCAUGCAAAUGUCAGCCUUCUGCCUAAUAAGCAGGUCUCUGAUGAAGAACUUUCGACAUAUAAGGUAGAAAAUUCUCUAGAGACGAAGGAUAAGUCAUGGAUCAAAAAUAUGCUUGAGAAGCACAAGAACCUGCACACCGCUUUGCUGCUUGUGGUCAUGUUAGGUACUUGUAUGGUGGUUGGAGAUGGUGUGCUGACUCCAGCUAUAUCUGUUUUCUCUGCGGUUUCAGGACUUGAACUGUCCAUGUCAAAAGAGUACCAUGAAUAUGCGGUUGUUCCAAUCACUUGUUUCUUAAUACUUUGCUUAUUUGCGCUUCAACAUUAUGGCACUCAUCGGGUGGGGUUCUUGUUUGCUCCAAUCAUCAUUUUGUGGUUGUUUUGCAUGGCGACACUUGGCAUAUACAAUAUUCUACACUGGAACCCACAUGUUUAUCAAGCACUUUCCCCGUAUUACAUGAUCAAAUUCUUGAAGAAAACAAAGAAAGGUGGUUGGAUGUCCUUGGGAGGAAUCCUGUUAUGCAUGACAGGUUCAGAGGCCAUGUUUGCAGACCUUGGCCACUUCUCACACAGUGCAAUUCAAAUUGCUUUCACAGCGUUAGUUUAUCCUGCGCUGGUUUUAGGCUACAUGGGUCAAGCUGCUUAUCUUUCACAACAUCACAGAAUCUCGACUAUUUACCAGAUUGGCUUUUAUGCCACAGUUCCAGAGAGUAUAAGAUGGCCUGUGCUUAUUGUUGCCAUACUAGCUGCUGUUGUUGGAAGCCAAACUAUCAUCAGCGGGACUUUUUCGAUCAUAAACCAGAGUCAAUCUCUCGGUUGCUUCCCAAGGGUCAAGGUUGUCCACACAUCGGAUAAGAUACACGGGCAGAUUUAUAUCCCAGAGAUCAACUGGAUGCUCAUGAUUCUGUGCUUAGCAGUUGCUAUUGGGUUCAGAGAUACCAAAAGUAUGGGUAAUGCAUCAGGUUUGGCAGUGAUAUCAGUGAUGCUGGUCACCACAUGCCUCACUUCCCUGGUAAUAGUCCUCUGCUGGAACAAACCCCCUUUCCUCGCCCUUGCCUUCCUCCUCUUCUUUGGCUCCAUCGAGUCCCUCUACCUGUCCGCCUCCCUCAUUAAAUUCCGUGAAGGAGCGUGGGUCUCCAUCCUCCUCGCCUUCCUCCUCAUGACUGUUAUGUUCCUAUGGCACUACACCACCAUCCAAAAAUACCUCUUUGAUCUCCAGAACAAAGUCUCCUUGGACUGGCUCCUCGCCCUCAGUGAAAGCCUGGGCAUUGCUCGUGUCCCCGGUAUCGGUCUUGUGUACACCGAUCUCAUCUCUGGCGUCCCUGCAAACUUCUCUCAUUUCAUCACCAACCUCCCCGCAUUCCAUCGGGUCCUUGUCUUUGUCUGCGUCAAGUACAUCCCUGUGCCUUUCGUGCCUGCUGCUGAGCGAUAUCUGGUAGGCCGUGUUGGCCCGCCGGACCACCGGUCCUAUCGCUGCAUUGUCCGUUAUGGGUAUCGUGAUGUACAUCAGGAUAUUGAUUCAUUUGAGUCUGAGCUUGUUGCUAGUCUGGCAGACUUCAUAAGGCUUGAGGCAUCGUACCCGAUGGAAAAUGAUAUUGGCGAUGGUAACAGUGGGUUGACUGUUGUUGGAAGGACUUCGCCAUUUUCGACCCAUGCGUGUAAUGAGAUAGAGGAAGCGUCGAGCGAGGGGCCCAUAGGGAGGACGAAGAAAGUGAGGUUUUUGGUAGAGGAGGAUAGGAGCACGUGGAUGAUGGAUGGGAGGGUGAGGGAGGAGCUACGGGAGCUUGAAGAUGCGUGCGAGUCUGGUACAGCGUUCAUACUGGGGCAUUCCCACGUGCGAACAAAGCCUGGGUCGUCGAUCAUCAAGAAGCUAGCCGUCGAGGUUGGAUACAAUUUUCUUAAGAGAAAUUGUCGAGGUCCGGAUGUUGCGCUUCGAGUGCCUCCGGCGUCACUUCUUGAGGUCGGAAUGGUGUACGUCUUGUAGCAUAUAAGGCUGGAUGCUGAAGGUCUUAUGUAUAUUUGUAGCUUGAUAGGUAUCAGAGGAAACGAGGCCGCGUUCUUGUUAAUCUCUUCUGUGCUCAUCUCAAAAUAGUAGUACUUUCUGGAUGAGAUUUAUACUUUAUUUCUAAUUGAAUGUCUCUCCUCAAAGAUAGAACAAGAUUAGCAAUUGUAUCUUAAAAUACGAUUGCAUAUAACAAUAGUUGCAUGUAA